CCAGAGUUGUAUUACUCAUACUGGAUAUAAUAUUAGGUGCUUUGCCUUCUUGUUUAGUUCAGACGGAGCGGGAUGAUUACCUCUUUGUUGGUCAACUUUGCGAUUGUCACAAAUUGUUUUCAUGGAAUGCCCAUCUUCCAACAGUACGGCCUAUAGUGCCCUUGGGGAGGGCGGUGUUGCUCCUUUAGCUGUGAUCGGAAUCUCACUGAAGUUUCCUCAAGAUGCAACAUCACCUGAAGCGUUUUGGGAUAUGCUGGUCCAAGGCCGAUGUGCCUCUGGAGAAUUUCCCAAGGAUCGGAUGAAUAUCAACGCUCAUCACGAUGCCGACCGAGACCGGCUGCACAGUAUCUCCUGCCGUGGAGCUCAUUUCCUCAAAGAAGACCUUGGGCUUUUUGACGCCCCAUUCUUUGGAAUGAGUGAUGCCGAUGCAAAGGCCAUGGACCCUCAGCAGCGCCUCGCGUUGGAGACGGUAUAUCGUGCACUGGAAAAUGCUGGACUACCAGUCGAACAGGUUGCACGUUCAAAAACUAGUGUAUUUGCAGGCUCCUUCUGCAGCGAUUACCACAUGCUUCAGAUGAAGGAUCCGCUCAAUGUGCCCAAGACUGCUACCGCGGGCAGCGGCCGGAAUAUGAUCGCCAACCGCGUCAGUUGGUUCUUCGACUUCUUAGGUCCUAGUGCGACUAUUGAUACGGCGUGUUCGAGCAGUCUCAUGGCGGUAGAUCUAGCCUGCCAAUCUAUAUGGGGUGGUGACGCUACUAUGGGCGUCGCUAUUGGCUGUAAUGUAAUACUAGCUCCAGAGAUGACAAUUGGCCUGGACAACCUUGGGCUAUUGUCACGCGAUAGCCACUGUUAUAGUUUUGAUAGCCGAGCAAAUGGAUAUGCUAGAGGUGAGGGUGUCGGUGCCGUGAUCAUUAAACGGCUUGACGACGCCAUAUCGGCUGGAGACACUGUUAGGGCUGUCAUCCGGUCAUCCAGUUCUAACCAGGAUGGGAAAACACCGGGAAUUCUGCAACCGAGCAAGGACGCACAGGUCCGUUUGAUUCAAGACACUUAUCGAAAGGCCGGACUUGAUAUGAACACCACCAGGUACUUUGAAGCACAUGGGACAGGAACGCCGAUAGGUGAUCCUAUCGAGGCUCGAGCUAUUGGCACGGCAUUUCGUGCGUAUAGAUCGGGAGAUGCGCCUUUAUACCUAGGGUCUGUCAAAUCAAAUAUCGGCCAUUUGGAAGGGGCUAGUGGAAUUGCUGGCUUCAUCAAGACAGUCCUUGUAUUGGAGAAUGGCAUCAUUCCACCGAAUAGCAGCAAUUUGCAGAACACAAAUUCCCAGAUCGACGAGGAUUACUUGAAACUGAAGAUACUAAAAAGCGCUAUUGCCUGGCCUACUCCUGGACUACGACGAGCAUCUGUGAGCUCUUUUGGCUUUGGCGGGGCAAAUAGUCAUAUUGUGCUUGAUGAUGCUUGCAAUUCCCUUCGUUUGUUGGGUUAUGAGAAAGGUCAACAUGAAACUGUCGUGAUACCUCAGGUCAAUGGCACGCUGCAGGUGAAUGGUCAUGACAAGGCUGACGAUAGUAAUUCUCGUCUCUCUCAAGUGAACGGCUCUAAUCAUGACAGCCUCUGUGAAUGCAAUACAGAUCCAAGGCUGCUCGUGUGGUCAGCUGCAGACAAAGCAGGAAUCUCACGGAUUGCAGAAACCUGGAGCUCGUACUUUUCGAAGUUAUCAAUAACAGAAACAGAAGCUUACAUGAGGGACCUCGCAUACACUCUAUGCGACAGGCGGAGCCAUUGGGCGUGGAGGACUUUUGUUGUUGCGAAACCAGCGGCACCUGUUCCGAAUUUGGCACUGCAGUUUGCCCCAGCUACUCUAUGCAUCAAUUCGCCACACCUGGCGUUUGUCUUUACUGGACAAGGAGCCCAGUGGUACGCGAUGGGCCGCGAGCUUAUAGACCACUAUGAAGUUUUCACGAGUAGCCUGUCUGAGUCAGGUAUAUACUUCAAAGAGCUCGGAUGUGAGUGGGAUGUUCUAGAGGAACUACGCAAGCCAGGGCUGGAGUCAAAUGUGAAUGAUCCAGUGUAUGGCCAGCCACUCUGCACAGCACUUCAGAUCGCCUUGGUCGACCUGCUUGAAAGCUGGGACAUUGCGCCUGCUGCGGUGGUUGGUCAUUCGUCUGGCGAGAUUGCUGCUGCAUACUGCUCUGGGGCGUUAUCGAAACACUCCGCAUUGAAGACCGCAUACUAUAGAGGCUAUUUAGCCGGACUUCUGGGGCGAUCUAGCGACAUGAAAGGAGGUAUGCUUGCUGUGGGUCUGUCAAAGGAAGAGGUGCAGACAUAUUUGGAUGCACUUGCCUCCCAGUUCGAAGCAUUGAAGGUUGUUGUCGCUUGCGUUAAUAGCCCUCGGAGCAUCACAAUAUCCGGGGAGCUGCAGCAGAUCGACGCGUUGCAGGACUUGCUUAAUCGCGAUAAUAUAUUUGCCCGGAAGUUGGUUGUCAAUGUUGCCUACCACUCAUUUCAGAUGCGCGAGGUGUCAGAGAGGUACUAUACCGCUCUUGGCAACCUGGAAGCGUCAAGCAAAAGAAGAAGAAAACCACCGUUCAUGGUAUCUUCAGUUACCGGGACUUUGGUAUCCAACGAGCGACUAGUGGAGCCGGAAUACUGGGUCAAUAACAUGGUCUCACCUGUGCUAUUCCAUGAUGCAGUGAGCUAUUUGUGUUCCCAAACCGGCAAGGCCUCCAAGAAGAUUGAUGGCAGUCACCGCCGCACCGUUGCAAUUAAUCAUCUAUUGGAGAUUGGCCCACAUUCUGCGCUGCAAGGGCCAUGUCGAGAUAUUGUCAACGCUGUUAAAAAGAACGACAAAGUCUCCUAUGUUCCCUUGCUCAUGCGCAACCGUUCUGCCCUGGAAUGCGUCAUGGAAGCCGCCGGUCGUCUCCACUGCAGCGGAUAUCCGGUCAGGUUAUCGUCGAUAAAUCAAGACGGUGAGGUGAAGGCUCGUGUGCUAGGUGACCUACCCGAGUAUCCCUUUAAUCACUCUACAUCUUACUGGCAUGAAAGCCGCUUGAGCAAAGGAUACAGGUUCCGUCGAUGUGGUUAUCUCGAGCUGCUUGGUACACCUGAGCCCAAUGGAAAUCCGAUGGAGGCCAGCUGGAGGAACAUCAUCCGAGUCUCUGAUAUGCCCUGGGUGCAGGACCAUAAGAUCAACAACACUAUUUUGUAUCCUGGUGCAGGCAUGGUGGUCAUGGCAAUAGAAGCUGUCAAGCAACUGGCUGAUCCGGACCGGCUUAUCGUAGGCUUCAAUGUCCGGGAUGCCGUGUUCUUGUCCGCUUUACAAAUCCCCACCCAUGCAGAAGGAAUCGAGGUCAACGUUCACCUAAAGCGGAUAAAAGAUGGAAAGGCGGAUGCGACCGGCUGGUAUGAGUACCGCAUAUACACUUACGACAAUGAGUCCUGGGUGGAGAACAGCUCUGGAUCCAUCCAAGCCCUUUACGAAGCCAAGGACGGAGGUCUAGAUGCAAACUUCCGGGAAGAGAACGCGUGGGAGAGCUAUCUUUUAGAGAAAUACAGUGAUGCAGCACAGGCAUGCACAUCAUCCGUUAAUGCGGAAGAGUUCUACAAGCUCCUUCGCCUUUCUGGAUACCAAUACGGCCCUGAAUUUGCCGCAAUGCAAAGAAUCGGCUAUGGAGACAGAAAGAACAUCAUCUCGGACAUUCGGACAUUCCAACCGACAGUUGCCAGUGGUCCCGGGACUUAUCCGGCUCACACGAUUCACCCCACAACCCUGGAUGCGAUUAUUCAAAUGGCGGCCGGUUUGGAAACGGAUCUAGGCCGGCGUGUGACAAACGUGGCUGUUCCAACUAGGAUUGACCGACUUUGGUUGUCCAACACCGGUGGCCUCAGCUACCCAUCUGCAAAUAUUGUCAAAGCAUAUGCGGUUUGCAGUCAAUCGGCCGUGGGUUAUACACACUACUCCAUGACAGCGGUGGAUACAGCUGCAUCCAAAGCUCUUCUGACACUCGAGGGGUUGAAAGUAACAGCCAUUGCAGGCGCGGAGAAGACAGUCAUCACAGAUCAGUUCAAGACGGAUAAUCUUUGCCACUAUAUUGAGCGGAAGCCUGACCUUGACCUGCUAACCAGUGACGAGGCUUGGAACCUCUAUGGGGUCUACGAAUCAGAGAUUACAGAGCCGGUACGGAACUUCACAGAGCUUGACUUUCUCGCAACAAUCUACAUCAGUAGAUAUGCGGCCUCGGUUCGCGAGGAGGAUAGGCAACGCCUUCCACUCCAUUCCAACAAGUACGUUGACUGGGCACUGGAUUAUAAAAGAGAACUUGAUCUUGGGCUGUCCCGAUUUAGCACCAAGGAAUGGAAGGACCGCAUGAACGAUGAUGAUUAUAUCAGAAUGCUACAGGAACGAGUCGAGACUGGCAGCAAGCGAGGCCUCCUCGUGAGCAUAGUAUGCCGGGAUCUGGCAGGCUUCAUAAGUGAUCCACUAGCUCAUCUGUUCUCAAACAACCUGCUUGCGGAUGUUUAUUAUGAGAUGCUUCGCACUGCCCGAAUUACAUCACGGCUAGAAAAGUUGAUUGGCGAGAUGGUCCAUAAAAACCCGCAGAUGAAGAUCUUGGAAAUAGGAGCUGGAACUGGGGCCAUGACUGACGCUUGUCUAAAGGCAUUGACCAUGGACUUCGAAUCGGGGACUAGUCUGCGUCGGUACAGUCGAUGGGACUUUACCGACAUCUCGAGUUCCUUUUUCCCUGGCGCCCAGAACCUGUUUGCAGCAGAAGGUCAGCACAUGCGGUUCAAGGUGCUUGAUAUUGAGCAAGACCCUGAAGUACAGGGGUUCGAGUGUGGGACUUAUGAUAUGGUUGUUGCAUUCCUGGUAUUGCAUGCAACGGCGGACUUGUCUGCUAGUUUGCGAAAUGUCCGGAAGUUGUUGAAAGUUGGUGGGAAGCUGCUUCUUUUUGAAAUUACCAAUCUGCAUUCAAUCCGAACCAAUCUUAUCUUUGGUCUGCUGGAUGGAUGGUGGCGAGGAACGGAGUCGUACCGGCAAAAGAGUCCUUGUAUAAGUUCUGAGAAAUGGGGAGAGCUGUUGGUAGAGACUGGUUUCUCAGGCUGCGACCUGGUAAUUGAUGAUUACAACGAUGAAGUGUGUCGCGAAGGCAGCAUGAUCGUGUCGACUGCCCUCGCUCCUCGGACUACUGGAAGUAUGGCAGUGAAUAUUAUCAUUGACCCAAAAGUUCAGAUGCAGGCUGACUUGGCGGUGACAUUGUCUGAUUGUCUCCGGGGGGUUGGAAUUUCCGACAUCACCCAGAGAUCUUUGAGUGACACUCUGAACAGAGAGCUAUCAUCAGACGUCCUGGACAUCUGUUUGUUGGAAUCAACGGUCCCCUUCUUAUACAACAUGGACAAAUCAGAGUACGAAGCCUUGCAAGGGCUGGUGGCAUCUACGAGGAACCUCAUCUGGGUCAGCGAAGGCGGAGGGCAUCAGCCUUUUCCGAAAUACCGACUUGUGGAUGGGCUUUUCCGGGUACUCACUGGGGAGAUGUACCGAGCACGACUGACAACGUUGGCACUUGAGCCAAGCACUUCCAGAGAACACCAGAGCGAGCAGAUUCUCAAGAUCGUGCGCUCCGUCGCUGUUGAUACAAACAGGGAUUCAGAUACGGAGUAUACCGAAAUCGACGGCAUACUUCACGUCAGUCGUCUAGUCCCAGCCAGACCUUUGUCUCAAGAAGUAGCCAGGAAGAUUCUCCCACAGCGGAGAGAAACGAAACCAUAUGGCUCCGGCCCAUCGUUGAGGCUGAGCAUCGGAUCGCCUGGCCUCCUGAACACCCUUCAUUUUAUUGAAGACCGAUCCCUUGACAAACCGCUUGGACCGAAAGAAAUACAGAUCAAAGUCCACGCCGUGGGACUGAACUUUCGUGACGUGCUCGUUGCGUUAGGCAGGCUGGAAAGCGAUACCCUGGGAGCUGAGUUUGCCGGCGAAGUAGUCCAGGUUGGGCCUUCGUGUCGGAAGUUCCAGCUCGGCGACAGAGUUGUUGCCUUUCGUCCCAGCCGCUAUGCGAGUUAUGUCCGUGUGGAAGAGGACAUGCCCGUCGUGAAGAUCCGGGAUGAAAAGAUGUCAUUCUCAACUGCUGCCUCUAUUCCCGUAGCAUACGCAACCGCGUGGAUCACCCUGAACAAAAUCGCAGGCCUUGAAGCAGGCGAAUCAAUUCUGAUUCAUUCGGGAGCGGGUGGGACCGGACAAGCCGCGAUACAAGUGGCUCAAUACCUAGGAGCAACGGUGUAUACAACCGUGUCGACCGAAGAGAAGAAGCAGCUCUUGAUAGACCGUUACCACAUCCCGGCCGAGCAUAUCUUCUCCAGUCGGAAUACUCUAUUUGCCAAGGGAAUCCGACGUCUCACUGCGGAGAGAGGCGUAGACGUUGUUCUCAAUUCGCUAUCCGGCGAUGGUUUGAUUGCAUCGUGGGAAUCCGUUGCGCCGUACGGGCGCUUUGUGGAAAUCGGAAAGAACGAUAUUCUAUCCAAUUCGAGUCUCCCGAUGCUCCAGUUUGAGCGGAAUGUGAGUUUUACGGCCAUUGAUCUGGCUGGGAUGGCGAUCGACCGACCACAUAUCAUCAGUGCAGCUUUGGAGAAGGUGUUCUCUCUGCUUGAAGAAGGGAAAUUAUCGCUUGUGCAUCCGUUGCAGGUUCGAGGUAUCGCAGAGAUUGAACAGGUAUUCCGGCAGAUGCAGACUGGGAAGAACUCGGGGAAAACGGUGUUGGAGAUGCGAGAAACGGACCAGGUUAUGACGGUGGUUCACACCAAGCCGUCCUUUUCCUUCCAGGCUGAUGCAACGUAUGUCAUUGCUGGCGGUCUGGGUGGCCUCGGCCGCAGUAUUGCUCGUUGGCUUGUGGAGCGGGGUGCACGCAAUUUGAUCCUGCUCUCGCGAUCUGGCCCGGCCAGUCCGCACGCCAGGAGCCUGGUGGAGGAGCUGCAAGGAAGAGGUGCGCGAGUCGUGACUCCCGCGUGUGAUAUCACCAACAAGGAACUGCUCCAUACGGUGCUUGGGGUCUGUGGGCAGCUGAUGCCUCCGAUCAAGGGAUGCGUGCAGGCAACGAUGGUGGUCUCUGCUCAUAACUUUGAAACCCUGACCUAUGAAUCCUGGAAAUCCACCACGACCCCUAAAGCACAAGGUUCCUGGAACCUGCACGAGCUUCUUCCCCGGGGCAUGGACUUUUUCGUCCUGAUGUCGUCUGUCUCGGGGAUUUUUGGAGCAAUUAGUGAUUCUGGGUACGCAGCUGGCAAUACGUUCAAAGACGGUCUGGCACGGUAUCGAAUCGGGCUAGGCGAGAAAGCCGUGUCGCUGGACCUGGGACUCAUUCUCACGGCGGGUUACUUCAAAGACAACCCGGAAAGCCGCGAUCACUUCCUGGCCAACAACGUCCUGGAUGAGGUCACCGAAUCGGAGCUGCACGCCGUCCUGGACACGUACUGCGAUCCCAGUCGGGACGAGAUCUCCAUGCUCGAGAGCCAGGUCGUCGUCGGCAUCACACCGACCAUGCGAGAAAAGGGAAUGCACAAGGCCGACUGGCUCGACCGGCCUCUCUUCCAACAUCUGUCCCUAGUCAACGGAGCCGAAAGCGGCAAAUCCGACGACUCGAAUCUCGCGGCGCUCUUUGCGGGAGCUGCGUCGACGACAGAGGCGGCAGAAAUCGCGAUGCGCGCGACGCGGGAGAAACUCUCGGUGAUGAUGUCCACCCCGGUGGACGAGAUCGACACGGACAAGCCGAUCCACCAAUACGGGGUCGACUCGUUAGCGGCGGUGGAGUUGCGGAAUUGGUUUGCGCGGGAGUUGCGGGCGGACUUGGCUAUGUUUGAUAUUCUGGGGGGCGCGAGUAUUGCAUCGGUGGUGACGUUGGCCGUGGGGAAGAGCGAGUACCGGAGGGCUGCUCUGGAUUCAAUAGUCUGACAGAAUCGAGCCAGGACAUCCCAUCAUCAAUUCUAGAAUUUUAG